CAAAACCACACGGCACGUUUCUGGAAAAUCGGCGCCGCGCUGUGGAUGUGGAAAAUUUGAACCACCAUGACCACGACAUCGGUCGAUCUGGGGUUCCUGGAACCGUGCGACUCGUGGCUGCUGACGAACAAGUUUUUCCGCAGCAAACUGGGCGGCAAACCGGCGUGGUUGGAGCUGAAGAAUCUGCCGAAACCGGAGGAAGUCCUGUGCACCCGGUGCGACAAACCGUUGGCCUUUCUUUGUCAGGUUUACGCACCUAUUGAAGAAAACGAUGGUUGCUUUCAUAGAGUGCUGUACGUGUUCGUCUGCAUAAGCGCAUCCUGUGAAUCGGAUGGAAAUGGGCGUACGAUAAAAGUGUUACGAAGCCAGCUACCACGGCGGAAUGCAUUUUAUGAUUAUAAUCCUCCCGAUGAAACCGUCGAGUCGCCCGCUGUAGUGUCACCCGUUCCACUGUGCGUCGUAUGUGGAUGCCGUGGUCCGAAACGUUGCGGCCGAUGCCAAUUGGUGAACUACUGCGGCGUCGUACAUCAGCGGCUGGAUUGGAGUGCCGGUCACAAGCCAGUUUGCGGCCAGGAAGACUCUACAGUGGCCGCACAACGCAAACAUACCACGUUCGUUUUCUCCGAAUGCGAAAUCGUCACCGAACCGGAAGAACAUGAAAGCAAACCGAAGCUGUCCGAGGAGGAGAAUGAAAAGCGCCAAAUGGAGGAGUUCGAGCGAUUGAAAAGCGAGGGAAAGGUAGGAGUACUAGAUGAGCUUCCGCAGGAGGAACUGGAGAAAUAUGCCGGCACGGUAGACCAGGCAGAGGAUAAGGUAUUUGCUCGGUUUAAGAAACGCACUGCUGACGCCCCGGACCAGGUGCUACGGUACGAACGAGGUGGCACACCGCUCUGGCUGUCACCGAUCGUACCUCAGACCGUUCCCGAUUGUGAGCGCUGCGGAAGUCGAAGGAUAUUUGAGUUUCAAGUGAUGCCUCAGCUUUUGAGUUUCCUCGAGCGCGAUGAGCUAGAUUGGGGUACGCUCGCGUGUUACACUUGUGAGGCCAGCUGCAAUAACGCCGAGGGUUACACCGAGGAGUGGAUAUUCCGCCAGGAUGUGAUCGAUACCACGAAACCGGCGAACUAAACGCCAUCUUAAAAAUCGCACAGAAGAAAAAAAGAUAGCCGCCUGCUAUUCCAUUU